AUGGACGGCAAGGAAAAUGCUCUAGUGCCGUCUGGAGAAGGCGGGGGUGGCUCCACUGCUUCUGGGCCCUCCCCUUGCUGUCCUGGGGCCUGUGGAGGCUGCCCGGGCUGUCCAGGUUGUGGUGGGUGUCCCUGUCCGUGUGGCGGCUGUGGUUGCGGUCCCUGUGGCUGCCCUUGUGGCUGUGGAGGCUGCUGUCCCUGUCCGUGUGGUCCUUGCGGCUGCGGUUGUCCACGCCCGGGUGGACCAGCUUGCCCACCAGGCUGUGGAGCGUGUCCUAGCUGCCCAGCAUGUCCUGGUGCCUGUCCUUGCCCUGGUGGGUGCCCGACUGGCUGCCCCGGCUGCUGUCCGGGUGGAUGUCCCGGCUGCCCUGGGGGCUGUCCUGGCUGCCCUGGAAUGAUGGGCCCGAUGGCUGGUAACAACCCCAUGAUGGCCAUGAUGAUGAUGAUGAACAUGCAGCAGAUGAUGGCCAAAGCAGGAGGCGCCCCUCCCGAACAAGGCAUGAAUCCCAUGGCUGCCAUGAUGGGCAUGGCAAACAUGGGUGGGAGCGCGCCUGUUCCGCAAACUGCAGAAAAGGACAAGCCAAUAGUAAAGGAUGACGAUGACGAGACGAUAGACCCUGAUCUCCGCGAGCUUGGGGAUUAUUUCAACAUCGAGGAGCGCUGGGUGGUUCGCUUGAACGAGGCCAUGAAGAAGCGACAGGACACCAAGGCUCAGGACAUCGAGAAGCUGUAUGAAGUCUUAGAGAAGGCUCGGAGUCCGACGGGACUGCUUACCGUGCAAAUCGGGAAGAUGGAGUGCGGGCAGUUCGUUGGGAAGAUCAAGCCGGACAAGGAUGUUGAGAGGAUGGCGAGAAAAUUCAAGCUUGACGAUCAUGUCACUUCAAGAGUGACGGAGCUGAAGGUGUGGCGGAAACGCAACGGCGAGGAAGAUCGUGCCGCGAAGGACUUGGAACGGAUAGAGUAUCACUUGCGCUUCGCCAAGAGGCCCAACGCACUGUGCACACUCCUAGUUGGACGGCUGUUGGAGGGCGAGAUAGACGAGCUCCCAGACCUAACCAACGCCGAAAAGAUCAUGACAGAUUUCAAGCUGGAUGAGGAUGCUUGCUCAAAGCUGCGGGAGAUCAUCGAGAAGCGUUCUCCGGACGAAGAGCGCGUGCUUACCUCUGUUCGGAAACACUUGAAAUCGGCGAGCAACGCUUCAUCAAUGUUGUGCAAAAUUGCACGGCAGUUGAUUGAUGGACAAGACCUGCCGGAUCCGCCUGAGCGACCGCCGAAAGGCAAAGGAGGAGGAAAGGACGGUGGCAAGGACGAUGGCGAGCGUUCAGAGCGCAGAGACCGUGAUGGGGGUGAUCGGCAUCACGACCGCGACCGCAAUGACAGAGGUCACAAGCGGGACCGCAGCCGCAGCCGCAGCCGCGAUCGGCGGGAGCGCCGAGACAGUCGUGGCCGUUAG